AAGUACAAUUCCGAAUUGUAAAAAUGAGUACGGCACAUGGCAGUAUAUUAUUGGGACGUUAUAGAAGAUUGAUUGUGUUUAUGUUCAGUGUUAUUGGGAUAUCCAUUCUCUUUCUUGUUGCCUUUCAUAGUAAUUUCGAAUACGGCUCAAAUGAUCGCCAUGAAUUGGAAGCUUGUCCACCAACUCCACCUAAUCGUCUUGGCAGAAUCCUCAUCGAUUUGGAAGAAGAGUCUCUUGACAUCGUCGAGUCGCGUCUGAGCCUUUCGUUGCAGCCAGGUGGUUGGUUCGCACCAAAAGAAUGCAAGGCAAACGAUCGUGUUGCUAUAGUUGUGCCGAAGCGUGGACGAGAUCAAAUGCUGCCAAUCCUGCUGAAAAACCUCCAUCCAAUGCUGAUGAAACAACAGAUUGAAUAUGGAAUCUAUGUCGUAGAACAACCCACCGGCCAAGACUUCAAUAGAGGAGCUCUAUUUAAUAUCGCCUUCAAAGAGGCACUAAAGAUGAAAGAAUGGGAUUGCUUCAUUUUUCAUGACAUCGAUAUGAUCCCGUUCGAUGAUCGAAACUUUUAUAACUGCCCAUCAAAUAAAGGUCCACGACACAUGGCGGUUAGUCUUGAUAAAUGGGAGUUCAAGUGA